AUGAUGGAAACGGACUAUAGCAUGUCACCUUCAUUGUAUGCUGGUCAUACGACUUCGUGGACGCCUGCUAUAGAGACAGCGCCUGUCUCCACCAAACCAUCUCGCAAACGAUCUCGAGAUGAAACAGCAUUUGAGCAAGCUGAAGCAGAGAACCCAACUUUCUCAGCACCCCCAGAACCCAUACCCGAAGAGCCUAUAUAUGGAGAGGGCAUGGUAUUGCUAAAUCCUUCGACCGGCAGGGCACUUGCCGCUGAGUCGCAAACAGGGACAUGGUAUGAAGACCAGGUCGAGAAGCAAGCGAUAGCAAAGGCAGCUGAAGCGGCUCAACGGCCAAAGAUGCCGGUCAGCCGAAAGUCUCAGAGGAUUUCGCAAAGUUCCAUCCAAGUUGCGCUCAAUCUCCCAAAUUCCGGUGCGCCGGCAAGUCCACCAAAAUCGACACCAAAUACCGAGAUUGACGAAGCAACUCUAGCUCUAGGAAUUGGGUGGACGAAAAUGUCCUCGGAGGACCCAGACUUGCAGGCCGCUGCAAGAGGUUGGGCACGAUAUCUGGAAGAAAAUAUGCUGGAAGGAAAACUGGUUGGCAGGACGUGGGAAAGCACUUUGACCAAUUUGCGAGCACAACCCAUGCAUUUUGAGGGUACAGAAGUCUUGCAUGCGACACGGACGCCAGGGCCUGAAUCUGAUAUCAAACCGCAGCAAUUGAAUGGUUGGAACACGACUGACGACCAGACAGUCACUACCGAUGGAAUGUUAACAAAUGCGCAUGCUGCGACUCAUAUUGGCAUGGAACUCGAUUGA